GCAAAAAUGUCUUUUUACUUUCAUUCUUAUUUUCUUAUCAUCCAAACAACUAUUAUUUUAUCAUUUUCUUUUCUCACCAUUUACUUUUGCAUCAAUUUCUUUCCUUCCACUUUCUUUUGGCAUCAUUUUUUUUAAAUCUAAAAUAAUGCCGUCGACGGAAAGCGUUGACCAAUACUAUGCAACUCUGCUAUCAAAGUGCAUCAAAUCCAAAAGCCUGAAGCUGGGAAGAACACUGCAUUCCCAUUUCAUCAAAACCGCUCUAAAUCUCAACACCUUUCUGGCCAACCGCGCCAUUGACAUGUACGCCAAAUGCGACUCCAUAGACUCUGCCCAGGCCGUUUUUGAUGAGCUCCCCCACAGGAACACUCACUCCUGGAACACCAUCAUCUCUGCUCAUUCAAGAAUUGGCCGCUUCGAACAUGCUCACCUGCUGCUCGACGAAAUGCCUGAACCCAAUGUCGUGAGCUAUAACAGCGUCAUUUCGAGCUUGAAUCGGCAUGGGUAUUAUAGACAAUCUAUCUACAUGUUUAGGAGAAUGCAAGAAGUAAUCUUGUUGGGUGGGGAGAAGUUGGUUAUGGACGAGGUUACUGUUGUGGGCGUGGUGAAUGCUUGUGCUCGUUUGAGGGCUGGCUACUGGUUGAGACAAAUGCACGUCGCGGCUCUUGUGGCUGGUUUGCAGUUGAAUGGCGUGGUUUGUAAUUCUAUGAUUGAUGCUUAUGGGGAAUGCAGUGAACCCGAGAUUUCAUAUUUGAUAUUCAGUCGGAUGAAUGAGAGAGACGUUGUGUCAUGGACAUCAAUGGUUGUUGCUUAUGCGAGGGCGUCGAGAAUGGUGGAUGCUCAGGGGAUUUUUGAUCAGAUGCCGGUGAGGAAUGCAGUCUCUUGGACUGCUCUCAUCGCGGGGUUCAUGCAAAAUGGAAGAGGAGAUAGAGCUUUGAAUGUCUUUUCAGAAAUGCAGGAAGCGAGGAUUAGGCCUAAUGAUUUCACCUAUGUGUGUGCUUUAGGUGCUUGUGCAGAUUUAGCACUGGUAGAGAAAGGGAAGCAACUUCACGGGCACAUCUUAAGACGUGGGAGUGGCUUCAACAAUGUGUAUGUAGUUAAUGCUCUGGUGGAUGUAUACUGUAAAUGUGGUGAUACAACAUCUGCCCUAACCCUGUUUGAGAACUCUACUGAGAAGGACAUUGUCACUUGGAAUUCAAUGAUUACCGGUUUUGCUCAAAAUGGGCAAGGAAAGGUUUCACUCGCCUUGUUCAACAGAAUGCUAGAAUCUGGUGUUGUCCCAAACCAUGUCACAUUUCUUGGGGUUUUAGCAGCAUGUAGCCACUCGGGAUUAGAAACCGAAGGGCUUCGAGUUCUUCACAGGAUGGAAAAGGAUUUUGGUGUGCAGCCACAGUUGGAUCACUACUCAAUCUUGAUUGACUUACUUGGACGAAAGAACAGGCUUAGAGAAGCCAUGGAGUUGCUUGAGAAAUCUCCUGAUGGCUGCUCAGACCAUGUUGGAAUGUGGGGCGCACUCUUUAGUGCUUGCAGGGUACAUGGGAACAUGGAGCUGGCGAAGAGGGCAGCGAAAAGGCUUCUUCUACUUGAGCCUGAAAACACCGGCAGGUAUGUAAUGUUGGCCAACGUAUAUGCUGAAGCUGGAAGGUGGGAAGAUGCCGGUCUAGUACGCAGACGCAUGGACGAAAAGGGAUUGCAGAAAGAAGUGGCCUAUAGUUGGAUUGAGGUUAGAGAUACUCGGCAUGAAUUCGUGGCCCGAGACAAGUCCCACGCACACAUGGAGGAUAUAACCGAUUUGCUUACUGGACUCACUGAUCAGAUGAAAGACGUGGGAUAUGUUCCCCACGUUGAUCACUCGUUUCUGCCAUAAAAUGGACACACGUCUAUGCGGUUGAGCAUCUUUUGGAAACCUUGGGAAUCCCAUUAUAUCUCCAUACUUCCCCAAUUGGUAUCGUAGUCUUCCACAUCUUAAUACUCCGUACAACUUUGAACUAACGACUCGUUGCAAACAAAAAAAAAAGAGAGAACGAAGACAUGAAGAUUCAUUAUGUAGGGGCACACCCAGGCUGGUGACAUUCUUCCUGGUGCAAUAUCCAAAAUCAAACAAAUUUGCUAAUGAUGG